AUGGCCUUGCGUCUUUUCGCUCCCGCGAUGCCGCGGCUCAUCCCCGCCCUUCCAUUUACCCUCCCCAUCGCUAUCACCAUCCCGCCGUUGCUCGCCGAUCUCUGGGAAUCCGUCCUUCGCGCCGUCCCCAAGAAGAAGACCUCGCACAUGAAGAAGCGUCACCGUCAAAUGGCAGGCAAAGCUCUGAAAGACUUACAGAGCCUUAACAAAUGCCCAGGUUGCGGUCAGAUCAAGCGCGCUCACCUACUGUGUCCUCACUGUGUUAAAGAGAUCAAACAGUCGUGGAAAUCGGCGCAGACGGCCACUUCUCCAAAGGAAAAAAGGAAGGGAGGGAGAUUGACCGACUCAGGCGUGCCUUGUCUUGUCGCCAACUGGCGGAGACCCUCCCACUCUCCCCCGGCCAGCGGCGCGAAGGCGGAACUGCAGCUUCGACUUGCUCCGAAUGUCCUUGCUCACAACUUCAACACUUGCCACAUCCGCAAAAAAAAUUCCAUAAGACCCAGCAUGUCGCGACAAUAUCUGGCGUGGGGCACGGCCGAUAAUGCGCACCCCGCCGACAUCUUUUCUUUGGCAGUGACCAGCAGUCAAGUUCUUUCAGCAUCGGGAGCCUCAUCCAUCCAGGUCCACUCCACCAUUGACACUCAAUUCCCACUGGUGCAGUCGCUCGAAAGUGCCCACCCACUCGGCUGCCACCACAUUGUCACCGAUGCCAAGGGUUUCCGUGCCGUGAGCAUUGGCUUUGCAGGAGAUGUCAAAGCCUGGGCUUGUAGCGACGGCUACUGGUCGGAAGACAAAGCCAUCUCAGCAAACCUCACCGAUGUGGAUGCAUGGGCAAUCGCCUUGUCUGAGGAUGGGCAGUAUUUGGCUGGGGCUGCUCAAGAUGGCCAUAUUCGAGUAUGGGAUCUGAGUGCGACAGCCACGCAGAUUCGAGACCAUGAAACUAAAGGGAGCUUUGGCAUGUGCAUUGAUCUGUCGGCCGAUGGCAGAUUCAUUGCAAGUGGGCAUGAGGACGGUGCCGUUUACAUGUUCAAGACCGAAGAUGGCCGUAUGCCGUUCUCUUUGUCCGGUCUGGUGAAAUCUGUUCGUGCCGUUGCUUUCUCACCAGGGGGCAAGAUCCUGGCUGCUGCUGGAGACGCGAAAGUAAUUGUGCUCUACGACACAUAUUCUGGCAUGCAAAUUGCCAAUUUUUCGGGUCAUGCGGCAUGGAUCAUGUCCCUCUCCUGGAGCGACUCUGGAGAGUACCUCCUGAGUAGCUCCUUCGAUGGUAAGGUCAAGGUCUGGUCAAUCGACGCUAAGACUUGUGUGGCCACCCACUCCGAGACUGAUAGGGCAGUUUGGAGUGCGAAGUGGCUUCCCAAGGCCAAUAGGUCAGAAGGAUUUGCGGCUGCUGGCGCCAACCGAAGUAUCGCAUUUUAUCGGGAGGCCACGGGAGGUUGA